AUGGGUUCAUUUAAUAACACUCUCUUCCAUCCCCACAUGUUCCUCCUUCUGGGCAUCCCUGGGCUGGAAAAUAUGCAUCUUUGGAUUGGCUUUCCUUUCUUUGUUGUGUUCUUGACAGCUAUACUUGGGAAUAUCAUCAUUCUUUAUGUGAUUCACUCUGAGAGUAGUCUCCAUCAGCCCAUGUUCUACUUCCUGGCUAUUCUAUCAUCUGCCGACCUGGGCCUGUCCACAUCCACCAUCCCCAAGAUGCUUGGCAUCUUCUGGUUCAACCUGCGGGAAAUUGCCUUUGAGGGAUGCCUCGUCCAGAUGUUCUUCAUACACCUGUGCACUGGCAUGGAGUCAGGUGUGCUCGCAGCCAUGGGCUAUGAUCGCUACGUGGCCAUCUGUAACCCUCUUCGCUACACACUGGUGUUGAAAAACAAGGUGGUGUUCACUAUCGCAUGGGUAAUUCUACUGAAACCAUUUUCUUUGUCCGUACCCUUUAUUAUACUCAUCCUACAGUUACCUUUUUGUGGACACCAAAUAAUACCACAUACUUACUGUGAACAUAUGGGCAUUGCCCGCCUGUCUUGUGCCAGCAUCAGGGUCAACAUGAUUUAUGGCUUAUUUACCAUUUCUACUCUCAUGUUGGACAUUGUAGCCAUUGUCAUUUCUUAUGUCCAGAUCCUCCGUGCUGUAUUUCGACUGUCUUCCCACAAUGCCCGACUGAAGGCACUCAGCACCUGUGGCUCUCAUGUGUGUGUUAUGUUGACUUUCUACUCUCCUGCAUUUUUUUCAUUCAUGACCCAUAGAUUUGGCUCCAAUAUACCACGCUACAUUCACAUCCUUUUAGCCAAUUUCUAUGUAGUCAUUCCCCCUGCUCUCAAUCCCAUAAUUUAUGGUGUUAGAACUAAACAGAUUAGAGAAAAGGUACUAAAAAUGUUUUCCAAGAGAUAA